AUGGAGCAAUCGGAGGAGGCUCCGGAGGAGAUGCAGGCUCCACAGGAAAAUGCCCCGGCGGAAGAGGAGCCGACUGACACGAGGGAGGCUCCGCCUAAGUCGGAGUCCGUGACGACUCGGGUAAUGCAGCGGCGCCCGUCACAGCCACUCGUCAACAACAGGCGUGGCACUCUGGCUUCACAAUACGACGACCUUGACUGGGAGAAGGCCUACGUCGCCCCAACGGCUCCGUCGGCAGCACCCGGUCAGGUCGCCUCGCAGCCGUCUACCAUAACAGCUGAGGACGUUGGUCAGCAGCUGCCUCUGGGUUCAGGAAGCCUUCCGGGCGCAGCUGGCUGCCAUGUCACAACGAUUCUGCCGCCCCCACUGCUUCGAACCGGGCUGCCUCGAGGUCCUCGCGUUGGGGCGCCAGUGCAGCUGACGCCAUAUCCUCCAGCGGGCUUGGGCAGCUGCCUGGUGACUACGCGAUCGAGCUCUGUGCCCUCUGCCAGGAAGCCGGAAGCGGUGGAACUGAAGCAGGUGUGCAUUGCUCAGGGCAUCCAGGCUGCAUUCCGGCCGAGCAUUGCAGCGGCGCUGCUGCAACGGCCAGUUCAGGAGUGGCAGGAGGAGGAAGUGAUCCGAUGGCUUCUCGAAGUCAGCCUGGCUCCCAAGGAGCUGGCGCAUGUCAUCCGGGAGCAGGCGAUCACGGGGAACGUGCUGCUCACCCUCACCGAGAAGGACUUCGAGGAACUGGAAAUUCCCAAGUUCGGGCAUCGACGCCUCCUGAUGAUGGCGGCAACAGAACUGCGGGCCGUGGUGGCUCACACCCGAAGCAAGGAGGAGCCUCUGCGCCCUGCUAGCGGCCCCGCUCUCACGGUGGCCCUGGCGGCUCGAGGCCCGCCGGUUCCGCGUCCGGGUCAGGCUUCGGUGGUAGCCGGAUCCACUCCCGGUGGUGGGGUCUUGGCUGCGCCGCCGGCAACUGCCAAGGUCCCUCUCGUCGUCAAGGUCUUCGGCCACCAGAGAGCUCCCUGGGGAAAGGCGGUCGCUGUACCAAAGGUGUCGGCGCCAGGCAUUCCGACUUGCCGUCCCGUUAUGCGGUCGCUGUCGGGGGGAGGCCUGUCGGACAAGUCCUCGCGUCAGUCAACGGCUCCUUUCACCCCCGAGAGGGGCUCCUUCGUGCCGUCCCCUCGUGACGCCGUGGCAGCAGAGCCGCUGACGGCGAUGCGAACAACGCGGUCGCUGUCACCGCCAAUGCGCCCGGUGGUUGUGGUGCAAAACUCUGGGCCCAUCGCAAGGCCCGGGGGUCCUCUUCCAAAGCGCCUCGCCUGGGGCGCACCCUCGUCCGGCUCCUUGCGCGAGGUGGGUCCGAGGCCUGCUUCGAAGACCCGGAUGCAGCUCUGA